CUUUGGCAAAUCAGGGUCAGCUUGAGGAGCUGCUGAUUUUCGUCAAUGUAACAAGAAUGUUGAAAAAUUGACAGAUUUCCACCCUACCCUGUUAGGUCUUCAAUUUGAGAGCUCGUCUGGGCAACCGCGCCGAGUCGCUGCUCUCUCCCUCUCCAGACGUCGGACUCCCUCCUCUUUAUUUCUCUCCCUAUUCGCAACAACUCUUCGUCUCUCUCGCCUCCCCUCUUCCUCCUAUACCAUCUACCUCUGCCUAGAAACAAGGCUCGGCCCUCGCAUUCAUCUCCCACUACCCUCUUGACACACGACACCUCAUUAGCAGCCCCGGACCGACUCCCAGGUAAAGAGGUGGGUGGUGGUGUUGCUGCAAGCACACGCUUUUGUCGGAUUGGGUGAGAAAAGACCAUAUUGAAUCUUGGACGUGUCAGGAUUCCGUCAAGUUCGUCGACUUCGAGGACGUUUCCAGUGAUCAUGGCUCAAUCUGUGGGAUAUUCACAUCACGCUGGCCAGCGGCGAGAGAUGUCACCACGCAGAACGAUUCUCUUGAGUUCGGAGUAGAACGCCCGUGCUGGAUCAAGUUGGUCAUCAAAAUAUGCGUUCGAUAGGGGCCCUUCAGACUCAGAAAUGCACAUGAGUCGAGCUACCAUCCUGAGCUCAACAAGUCGGUGGAACAGCGAUGCAUCAGGUGCGCAGAACAACUCCAGGACAGCUGCUGGGAUAAAUCAUAGGCGUCAAUUUGUGGUUGGAGUUGACAGUGGCCCGCCAUGAGAGUGAAAUGCAACAGGGAUGGCAACAUUGUCGCCUAGGCGCAUCCUUUGAACAUUCCUCCAACUUCUCUGCCCAACAGGACUUUUGACAAAAGACUCCGGAACAGACGUCGUCUUCGAUCCACUCGUCGCUCCCACGACGUUCACAGAUCGGAGAUAUCUGAGCUCGAGCUGUGAUCACAGCCUUCCGAUCUGGUCUCCGUGAUGCUGAUGGCGUUUUGAUACACGAAUGAAUCGGUCAGUCUCCCUUCCAUCCAGUCACGCGGAUGACACAGUUGUUGGCGGGUCAACUUGUUGCGCUUCGUCGCAACGGCACUUUCCAAGGUGUUUCUCCUGCAAAUGGAUGUCGUCUUCGGCACAGUUCAGGGCCGAAUUGGAUUUUUGGCCGGGUUUCUUGUCUUGCUGGUCACCCCAACGAUACAAGACAAAGCAUUUGCGACACGGAUUACAUGCUUUGAAAGACUUUUCUGCCUCGCCAUAGCAGAGGCUAUAUGCGCGCAGCUUCCCUUUGUGGACGAGUGCCAUGAAGUCUGCAUUCUUUCCCUGCUGAGAAUCCAACCUGUGAACGAGUGCCUCGAUGUCUGCAUCAUUCCCUCCCUCAGCAACCACGAGAGCAUCUAGGCCUUGCGUUUUGGCUUCCACUUCUUUGUAGUGGUCCUCAUUUUGGCUCCGUCCGCCAGGUCGGCCAAGUCGGUCAAGUCGCAUAUCUUUGAAGUUGUUGUCCAUCACACGAAAAGGAUACCAUCGCGACUUGCACUCCCCAAAGAUGACUCUCUCGCCAUCAGCGUAUACGGCGAUGGUGGCAGGAAGGCCCGUGGCCGAGCGGCCCUCUUUUUCUGGCAAUCCUAGCUCAAACUUACUGAGCAUGUCACGGAUUCCAGCUAGACGAUUCUGGGUCAGCAAAAUUCCUUCUUUGAAUCCAAUGACACGAAGGGUUCUCACCGAGAUCUCUUGGAGGGUUUUCCAUGGACUGAUACUCCAACUGAAGCAGAAGCCAUAUUGCCGAAACGUCGGGAACGUCCCAUUUUUUUUUCCCCCAGGUGGAAAUGCAUGUCUAUGGCGUGAAUUUGCUUCUUCAACUCUUCCAAGGAGUUCUCCAAGUUUUUCGUCGCUGUUUUGGAAACGACACAGUUGUCAUUGGGCUUGAACUGGCCUUUCCAGAAGGUUAGGCCAUCGUGGACGAAGCCAAGUUUGUUCAAGAGGGAUUGAAACAACCUAGGUUUGGUGGUAUAACGGUACCCGCCGCUCUUCUGCUUUUCGGCAAUCCUGGACAUACCAGAAGCUAUUGCUUGGGCAGAUUUCAAACGAUCCAGACCCAUACGCUCUUGUUUUUCUUCUUUUCUCUGGCUUUUGGAUCCCGGAUCCGUGAUUUGAUUGAGUGCCCAUAUUUCAGAGACUUCCAGGGUUUUUGUAUGGAAGCAUGCCAUGCCGACUGAAUGACUCUGACGUAUUCUCUGUUUUUGGGCUCGAGGGGGUGGAUGAGAGGUUGGUAUGUAUGAAGCUUUUGGUUUCGAGAACACUCAGGUACAAAGGCCAAAGGGAAGAUUGCAAGCCUCGAAGGGGACUGCAGAACGAGGUGUGUCAAGGAAGUUGGUACUGCCCUGCCCAGGCUCUUCUAUAUGUGUCGCCAUCACAAACAGAGGCAGGGCAGUUUCUCUUUACUCGCGGGAGCAAUUGUCUUCCCAGCUUGUCUAUGGCUCUUUGUGCUGCUUCAGAGCGUGUCUCAACACGCACAAGGGCCUUCUGACAAUCCAAAUCCCAGACACAUCUGCGGCUCGCGCUGGGAGAGACAAACACCAAAGCACCCCGACCCCGGCGGGUCCAUACUCGCCGCCCCGGGCGUUGCAUCUCCUCUUGCGCAAAUCCAGCCCAAAUGGCCCCAGGGGGCAGAGGAAGUUGGAAACGAGGUCUUUCGGCAUUGCAGCCUCGUCUCACACGUGUUUCUCGGUGUGGCCCAAACAUGGGCCGUAAGGAAGUAAGUCAGUGCAAGGAAUUCCUUUGUUUAUUGUCUGCAGACCACAAUCGAGGUACUUCAUUCGCGGCGAUUCCUUGUCCCCAGGCACAGUGAUAGUGUGCAUAGGCUGCGCCAUUGCCGCAAGGUCAUUGAUUGUGUCUUGGUGUUUCUUUGUCGAACUUGGCACCCGCCUCUAAUGUCUUUCGCACAGUCAUCCUAUGGCUGGGACAAAGACAGAGGGGGUUCGUUUUUGACCGCAUGUGAAGAUAAAGAAUCAGGGGGAUGGGGUGCGGAAAUGGUGAGACCACGAAUCAAUGGUUUUUGUUGUUUCUUUGUUUUGGGAUUGAGUACUGAGGAAAGGGUACGUUCGUUGUCUAGUAGUCCGAGGAAACGGUGAGAAGCAAGGCUGCGAUUAUAGUGGAGCCCCCUUUUUCUUCCCAU